AUCAUCAAAUCUUUGUUUUUGCAGCGCUAUCGUGCAUACAGGCUAAAGAGUGACUUCAGCACCGAGCCAGAACUCAUGCCAAAGACUCCGUCACAGAAAAAGACAAACCGCAGGAAGAGAGUGUCGAUGGAGCUCAACGAGUCUCGCAGCAAAAGACGGGUUGAUGCACCGCAAAUUGUCACUGAACCAGCUACUGAAACUAAACCUGAACCAGCUACUGAAACCAAACCGGAACCAGAAAUAGUCCAAACUGAGGAACUUGAACCCGAGAAGACUGAAGAAAUGGAAUCUAAGGUAAAAGACACACUUCCAGAAGAGUUUGCUGAAUCUAGCACCACUGAGAACUGUCGCUUCAGACGAUCCAUUGCCCGCCCUUUAGAAACUGAUGGAGCAGAAUCCAAAGAAGAUGGCAGGCCUACGCGUUCAGGCUCAAAGCGUCACGCAGCUCAGGAAAGCACCACACCCAAGAAGAAACAAUCCCCUCCGAAGAAGUGCCUCACGAGUACUGCUCCACACAUGAGAUCAUUCUUGCAAACGGUGCAGAAGAUCCAGAUGCUUAUGAUGACGCCUGGGUCUCUGGGCCGCAGCACCAUCAUAAAAUCCUUCAUCAAACAAUCUGCCACCAAAACUGACACCAAGUUGGGCUCUGGCUCUGUGGAGCGAGAACGGCAGAAAUGGGACGCCUUGAACAAGAAAAUAGAACAAGAGAAUGAACGAAAGAAAAAGAUUGAGGAGGAGAGACGAAAGAAACAGGAAGAAAUGAAUAGUUUCUCCAAGGGGAAACGCAGCAACCUGCGUCGCUCCUCAGUCCAGAUGACCCUGACCACCCUCUCAGAACUCGUCACGCCACACGUGCCAACAGACAGCUCUGAGAGCCUGAUGGAGGAACCUUCUCGCCGCACGCGUCGCAACAAAACCACUGCCCCAGCUGAAACCGAACCGGUCAAGCGUAGCACCCGUAACAAAGGUGGCGCCAAAGCUAAGGAGGUGGAAGAAGUGUCAGAGACCGUUCCAGAUGUGAAUGAAGCCAUUGAGGUGCAGGAUUCUGGCUCCGAUCAGAUCCUGGUGUCUGAAGCCGUGGUGAAGAUUCCCUCCUCGGAGCGUCUGAGUGCAGAUUUGCUGCUGAAUGCUGGUGUGUCUCCGGGCCGAUUCGCUAAUAAAAUCCCCAUCGCUGCAUUUGGGUUGCAGACGACACCUCAGGGAUCAUCUCGGACGUCAGCUCGGCGCUCGCUGGUGGUACGCCGUUCUCUGGUGGGCCUCAGGCAGAGCAUGACCCAGGAAGCUGUUCGCAGGGCAUCUCUGAGCUCUUUCCUGAAGGAAAUGGAGAACAAAGAAGAACAGGUUGAUGCACCGCAAAUUGUCACUGAACCAGCUACUGAAACUAAACCUGAACCAGCUACUGAAACCAAACCGGAACCAGAAAUAGUCCAAACUGAGGAGCGAGAACGGCAGAAAUGGGACGCCUUGAACAAGAAAAUAGAACAAGAGAAUGAACGAAAGAAAAAGAUUGAGGAGGAGAGACGAAAGAAACAGGAAGAAAUGAAUAGUUUCUCCAAGGGGAAACACAGCAACCCGCGUCGCUCCUCAGUCCAGAUGACCCUGACCACCCUCUCAGAACUCGUCACGCCACACGUGCCAACAGACAGCUCUGAGAGCCUGAUGGAGGAACCUUCUCGCCGCACGCGUCGCAACAAAACCACUGCCCCAGCUGAAACCGAACCGGUCAAGCGUAGCACCCGUAACAAAGGUGGCGCCAAAGCUAAGGAGGUGGAAGAAGUGUCAGAGACCGUUCCAGAUGUGAAUGAAGCCAUUGAGGUGCAGGAUUCUGGCUCCGAUCAGAUCCUGGUGUCUGAAGCCGUGGUGAAGAUUCCCUCCUCGGAGCGUCUGAGUGCAGAUUUGCUGCUGAAUGCUGGUGUGUCUCCGGGCCGAUUCGCUAAUAAAAUCCCCAUCGCUGCAUUUGGGUUGCAGACGACACCUCAGGGAUCAUCUCGGACGUCAGCUCGGCGCUCGCUGGUGGUACGCCGUUCUCUGGUGGGCCUCAGGCAGAGCAUGACCCAGGAAGCUGUUCGCAGGGCAUCUCUGCGCUCUUUCCUGAAGGAAAUGGAGAACAAAGAAGAACAGGUUGAUGCACCGCAAAUUGUCACUGAACCAGCUACUGAAACUAAACCUGAACCAGCUACUGAAACCAAACCGGAACCAGAAAUAGUCCAAACUGAGGAGCGAGAACGGCAGAAAUGGGACGCCUUGAACAAGAAAAUAGAACAAGAGAAUGAACGAAAGAAAAAGAUUGAGGAGGAGAGACGAAAGAAACAGGAAGAAAUGAAUAGUUUCUCCAAGGGGAAACGCAGCAACCCGCGUCACUCCUCAGUCCAGAUGACCCUGACCACCCUCUCAGAACUCGUCACGCCACACGUGCCAACAGACAGCUCUGAGAGCCUGAUGGAGGAACCUUCUCGCCGCACGCGUCGCAACAAAACCACUGCCCCAGCUGAAACCGAACCGGUCAAGCGUAGCACCCGUAACAAAGGUGGCGCCAAAGCUAAGGAGGUGGAAGAAGUGUCAGAGACCGUUCCAGAUGUGAAUGAAGCCAUUGAGGUGCAGGAUUCUGGCUCCGAUCAGAUCCUGGUGUCUGAAGCCGUGGUGAAGAUUCCCUCCUCGGAGCGUCUGAGUGCAGAUUUGCUGCUGAAUGCUGGUGUGUCUCCGGGCCGAUUCGCUAAUAAAAUCCCCAUCGCUGCAUUUGGGUUGCAGACGACACCUCAGGGAUCAUCUCGGACGUCAGCUCGGCGCUCGCUGGUGGUACGCCGUUCUCUGGUGGGCCUCAGGCAGAGCAUGACCCAGGAAGCUGUUCGCAGGGCAUCUCUGAGCUCUUUCCUGAAGGAAAUGGAGAACAAAGAAGAACAGGUUGAUGCACCGCAAAUUGUCACUGAACCAGCUACUGAAACUAAACCUGAACCAGCUACUGAAACCAAACCGGAACCAGAAAUAGUCCAAACUGAGGAACUUGAACCCGAGAAGACUGAAGAAAUGGAAUCUAAGGUAAAAGACACACUUCCAGAAGAGAUUGCUGAAUCUAGCACCACUGAGAACUGUCGCUUCAGACGAUCCAUGGCCCGCCCUUCAGAAACUGAUGGAGCAGAAUCCAAAGAAGAUGGCAGGCCUACGCGUUCAGGCUCAAAGCGUCACGCAGCUCAGGAAAGCACCACACCCAAGAAGAAACAAUCCCCUCCGAAGAAGUGCCUCACGAGUACUGCUCCACACAUGAGAUCAUUCUUGCAAACGGUGCAGAAGAUCCAGAUGCUUAUGAUGACGCCUGGGUCUCUGGGCCGCAGCACCAUCAUAAAAUCCUUCAUCAAACAAUCUGCCACCAAAACUGACACCAAGUUGGGCUCUGGCUCUGUGGAGCGAGAACGGCAGAAAUGGGACGCCUUGAACAAGAAAAUAGAACAAGAGAAUGAACGAAAGAAAAAGAUUGAGGAGGAGAGACGAAAGAAACAGGAAGAAAUGAAUAGUUUCUCCAAGGGGAAACGCAGCAACCUGCGUCGCUCCUCAGUCCAGAUGACCCUGACCACCCUCUCAGAACUCGUCACGCCACACGUGCCAACAGACAGCUCUGAGAGCCUGAUGGAGGAACCUUCUCGCCGCACGCGUCGCAACAAAACCACUGCCCCAGCUGAAACCGAACCGGUCAAGCGUAGCACCCGUAACAAAGGUGGCGCCAAAGCUAAGGAGGUGGAAGAAGUGUCAGAGACCGUUCCAGAUGUGAAUGAAGCCAUUGAGGUGCAGGAUUCUGGCUCCGAUCAGAUCCUGGUGUCUGAAGCCGUGGUGAAGAUUCCCUCCUCGGAGCGUCUGAGUGCAGAUUUGCUGCUGAAUGCUGGUGUGUCUCCGGGCCGAUUCGCUAAUAAAAUCCCCAUCGCUGCAUUUGGGUUGCAGACGACACCUCAGGGAUCAUCUCGGACGUCAGCUCGGCGCUCGCUGGUGGUACGCCGUUCUCUGGUGGGCCUCAGGCAGAGCAUGACCCAGGAAGCUGUUCGCAGGGCAUCUCUGCGCUCUUUCCUGAAGGAAAUGGAGAACAAAGAAGAACAGGUCGAUGCACCGCAAAUUGUCACUGAACCAGCUACUGAAACUAAACCUGAACCAGCUACUGAAACCAAACCGGAACCAGAAAUAGUCCAAACUGAGGAGCGAGAACGGCAGAAAUGGGACGCCUUGAACAAGAAAAUAGAACAAGAGAAUGAACGAAAGAAAAAGAUUGAGGAGGAGAGACGAAAGAAACAGGAAGAAAUGAAUAGGAAGCGGGACGAACGUUUGAAGCGGUUUGUGGAGGCUCGAGUGAAAGGUGAAAAGGAGAAGGAGCAGGAAAAGAAAAAGAAGAUUGAGGAAAAGAUGGCACAGCUGGAGAAGAAAACUGAUAUGGAGGAAGAGGAGCGGCGGCACCAGGAGAUGCUGGCCAAACGCAAGGCUGAAGAGGAGCGAGAGAAGGCCCGCAAACUGGCAGAGGCCACACGUGCUCUGGAGCUGAAGAGGGAACAAGAGCGGGAGAAAGAGAGGGAGCGCGAACGAGAGCGGGAAAGAAAAAGACAGGCGGCAGCUGAAAAAGAAAGACUAGAGAGAGAGAAGGCUAUUGCUCUUCAGAAGGAACUGGAGAGAGCAGCCAGAGAGAAAGAGAGGAUGGAGAUGGAGGAAAAGAGGAAAAUGGAAGAGCAGCGGAAGGCUGAAGAGGAGAGGGAAGCCCAACAGAAACGUGCGGCUGCAGCUACAGCCUCUGCCCCGGCGCCCCCUACAGUUACAGCACAGGUCUCUGCCACAAAAACACAAGCAGCUAACAUGCUCAACACAACUAUAACUAAAAGUUCAGCUUUAAAACAGACCGUAGAUAUUGAGAACUCUGUUCUAAGUACUCCAGUUGGGAAAGGAGCUGCUCACAAUAAGACCGUAGAUCUCGGACCUGGACUCAACGUGACUGUGGACAUUGAGCAAUCGCCACAAUCAUACCAGAUCACCCCAAAGGGCCAGAAAGUGAAUGUUUUAGUGAAUCCUGAAGAUAAUGGCAUGGACCAGAACAGCGAUGACUCAACAGAUGAUGAAUCUGCACCCAGAAAACCCAUCCCGUCCUGGGCUGAGGGUAUGCAAUUGCAGCAAGCCGUCAUGAAGCAAUAUUACAAUCCACUAGAUCUCCAUUCAUAUUUUGGAGAACCUGAACCUUCCAAACUGGAGGCGAUCUUCAGGUGGACUAAACCUCGCUUCUUUAAACGCACUAGCUGGCAUUCUCCACCACGUUUGGGAAAUCUGGGCAAUUGAUAAGCAGAUGUAUUAUUUUUUCAUUUUUAUGUUUUCUUUUUUACUUUGAGCUCACUUUAAUAAAGCUUUUAAAAGUCUGUAUGUAGGUUAGACUGAGAAGGAAAAGAGCAGAAUGUGUUAUUUAGAUUACACAAAAGAUGAUGCCCAUUCUCAGUUUCCUGCUGCUGAGGGCUCAUGUUUAUUUUCCUGCUUUUAAAAAAAAGAGAAAAUGGGACUGCCUUGUCACAAAUGUAUUUAAAUAUAGUGUUAAAUGUUAUAAAUUUGGAAGUGUACACGGGAGCUGCUACAAAUGGGAUGGAAAGAUAGAAAAUCUGGGGAUGUUGUCCGUCUACAAAAUUCACUUCACAGAGUGUCAGAUUUACUCUGGACUGUUAAUAAAAGGUAUCAUUUCGAA